UGGAUACCUUGGCUUACCCCCCACAAUCCCACAAGAGUCCGCUUCACCCCGCUCGACCGAACUCUGGCGGACUCGUCGCGUCCGCGUAGGCUCCGUAUUUUCAGGGGCAACGUCAAGUUCCUGCCGUCUGUAUUUACACAAAUCUGCCCCUUUGUCUACGUAUAUUUUUAUUAGGCAUCCCGCCAAACUUGAGCCGCCCAUGCAGGUAUGACUCCGCAACCCCAGCCGCCUUAUAUCUAGCGUACCGACUGAACCUCCGCCUCAACUUUAGCUCGACUGUACCUCGAUAGCCCGAUGACUGUGGACUUUUCCAACUACACUCGGGACAAUGGCCGGUAGCAGAGCGCUUCCAACCCAUUCCGAUCUUCUGCCCUAUAGCCACGCCGUUGCAGGACAUGAUGGAACACUCUCCGACCCUGACGGCGAACUCUUCAUCAAGCCAUGCGUGCAGCAGGAAAUCGACUUUUACGAGAAAGCUUUCCGUGACCAUCCGGAUUUUGCCUCCCUGAUGCCCUGCUAUAUCGGGACACUUGAGCUCAACGAUGCUACCGAUGUCGACUCCUUGAACGAGCAGCUCCCGGCUGUCGCCGACCACCUGAGUCAAGGGCUGAAAGAAGAGGCGGUGCGGAUGGCGAAGGCUGCCGCGGCCAAGGCAGCUGGGCCCGCGGGCUCUCAUGACAGUGUUGGGUGGAAGCCAAGCCGGAAGAUCUCCACCAACAAAUCCGUGGUCCUGGAGAACAGCACCCACGGCUUUAAGAAGCCCAACAUUCUCGAUGCAAAGCUCGGCCGCCGGUUGUGGGCCGACGAUGCUCCCCUGGAGAAGCGCAAGAAGUUCGACGAGAUCACCAGGACAACCACAACGGGAUCUCAUGGCUUCCGCAUAGCCGGCAUGCGCGUGUACAAGGGUGCCGACAGCCCGAAAGAGUUGGAUCCGGACGGCUUCAGGAGUUACGAUAAGGAGUAUGGCAGAUACCAAGUCAACAAAGACAACGUCGUGCAGGAGAUCCGGAAGUUCAUCUUCAACGACCGCGCAGGGAUUGACGAUGAUCUGGGAAGGGCCAUUGCUCAGGCCUUUCUGGAAGACCUCAAACGAGUGGAAGAGGUGCUCGCCAACUCGGAGACACGCAUGUAUUCAGCGAGCUUGCUAUUCACGUUUGAGGGCGAUGGUGAGGCACUCCGGGCGGCCAUUGAGCGGAUGAACGCUCUUGCUUCGGACGCCUCGGAAGAGAACGACGUCGUCCGCGAGGCCGACGUCACACAGGAGAAGCUUGCUGGCAUCGAAGCGCAAGUGGCCCCUUGUCCGGUUGAAGGCGACAUCAAGGUGAUUGAGCUAAUGGGGGAUGUUGCGGCGGACGGGGCAGAGGAGGACGACGAUCUGUCGAGCUUGCCUCGCAUAUGCUCCCUGAAGCUGAUCGACUUUGCCCACGCUGAAUGGGUCCCAGGGCAGGGCCCGGAUGAAAACAGCCUUUUUGGUGUGCGAAGUCUCAUCAAAAUCUUCGAGGAACUGGCUCAAUAGCCGAUGAGCUGGCCGCCCAGCCCUCCCCUCAAGGCAUUUGGUCGACGCUUCUGGGUUACGGGUUACUGCAUAGCGUCUGCGAUAUGGACGACAUGCGUGUUCAUGAGGAUUAUGACUAUCAUGGGAUUGGCAGGGUGCCAGGAGGCGCAUAGCAUUUGGUUUCGAUAAAUACCCCCUGAUUUCUGCAAGGCUAGACGUCUACACAUAGACCGAUCGGAAGUUAAGAAAAUGACUUGCCAUUGCCGACGCGACUGAUAGACAUGUCAACGUACCAGCUGCCUAGCUACCUACCUUACCUUAAUCAAGGAAACUGAUUUGUUCA